AUGCAGAGAUCGCCGGUCGGACGAGAAUCGGCGCGGAAGUCGCAGGUCAUGCACAGUCGGAGAAGUCGCAAAGCCCUUCGGUUUUGUCCAUCUGUAUUUUUAUAUAUUAGUAGCGUGGUACCUUCAAUGUGGUUGAUAAAUCUGGAUAUAGUAGAAAAAAUAAAAUCUUAUGAAUCAUAUAUCAGUAUAUCCAAGAAUUUUGAUUUAUCCAAUCUGACAGCUAAUGAGCAUUUACAACAUGUGGAAGAAGCUAUUUCUACGCAAGAUUGGUUUUCUAUGUUAAACGGACAGUUUUUAAUGCUAACUCUGAUAAUCGGUCGAUGGAUGUUACCAAAAGGUGAUUUGACUCGAGAUCAGUUAAGCCAGCUGUUGUUAGCCUACAUUGGUGCUGUAGCUGAUAUUGUCGAAUUCGUGGAUUCCUUUGAUGAAGACAAGAUAAUAGAGAAUCCAGUAAUUAUUAACUGGAUUUUAGGCGUUUGGACAUGGUGCUUGAUACAAUUCACAAUUGUGCUGACUGACACCAAAUCAGAGACUCUCCAAUCGACCGGCAUCGUCAAGGAAAAAAUCCAAACGAAAACUAGUUGCUGUAGCAUCGAAGUAUGGGGAAUCAUUUUGAACAUAAUUCUUCAAGCGCAUUUUUCGUGA